AUGAAGUACUCCUUGGCCACACUGGCAGUCCUCGCCCCCCAGCUUGGCCUAGCUCUCGUCGGCAACGGCUGGUCCUUCUCGGGAAAGCCUGCCGGGGGCCUCAAAGACGUCACGUUUCCGUUCAACAUGGCCGGCGCUGCUCACACCUCCGGCUACUACUUUGCCCAACAGUUCAAGUUUAACGGCAUCCCAGACGUGGGAUACUGCGGCAUCCAAAAUCGCCCCAACAAGAACGGCAAGAGCAUCGUCCACGGCGUCUUCUCCUCGUUCCAAAAAGGCACAACGACCUCGGACCCCAACUGCCACACCGGCGCCGAUGGCGGGCCCGGCGUCAGCUGUGCGGUAGACUUUGAAGGCGACUACAGCGCGACAUACAAUAUUGUCGUGGAGAAUGAGAGCGGAACGAAGUGGAAGGGAACGGCCGUCAACGCCGCCACGGGCAAGUCCGUCCACAUUGGAAGCUGGACACUGCCUUCUGGCGCGAGAGGCAUCGAGAGCAGCCAGGUUGGCUUCGUCGAGUACUACCCCUGGAACUCGGGCACCCACAAGUGCUCUGACCUUCCUAAGACGUCCGUCACCAUGUAUAAGCCUACUUCCAAGACGGCUGGUGCGGGGGCCGGAGCUAUUGGAAAGCCAUACGAGUACGGUGACUGCGUGGGAAAGGUCAACUUUUCGACUGUCGGUGUCCCUGAUGGAUGGAAAAUCACUGUCGGCUUUUAG